CAUCUAUCUUUACCCCUUUACAAUCCCACAACUUGAAAACCACUUUGCUGAACUUGAUAGAUUGGGCCUACUACUCCACACCUUUCAUUAGAAAACACACUACACAAAAAGCAAAAGCAAAAUAAAAAGCUUCUUCUGAAGAAAAAGGCCUGGUCUUGUAGGGAAGAAAGUUUAUAUCAAAAUAAAGAUUUUGAAACCCAUAUGGAAGAGAUGAUGAUGAUGACCACGAUGAUGAUGAUGAUCAGAAGCAGCUCAGAAAAUCCCAGCAAUGAGUCCCUUUCCGAUGAACCUAUCUCCACUUCCACUUUCCCAACCUGGAAGCUGUACGAAAACCCAUUUUAUUAUUCUCAGCAACCCAAUUCUCAUCAUCAUCAUCAUCAUCAACUACAACAACAACAACAUCCAAACCAAGAACAAGAUAGUCAUAACAAACAACUUCAUCGUCUCAAUCUUCCCAUUUCAGCACGCAAGAUUGCGGCAUCUUUCUGGGAUCUGACAUUUAUCAGGCCUGUCAUGGAAUCCGAGCUCGAUAUCGCUAGAGCCCAGAUCAUUGAAUUGAAAGCUGACCUCGAAUACGAACGCAAGACUCGUAAAAAAAUGGAAUCUAUGAAUAAGAGGCUUGCCAGAGAGCUCUCUGAGGAUAGAAAGGGAAGAGAGGCAUUGGAGCGAGUAUGUGAAGAGCUCGCCAAGGAGAUUUCAUCGCAUAAAGCUGAGAUCAAUAGAAUGAAGAAAGAUAUGGAGGAAGAGAGAAAGAUGCUACGAAUGGCGGAGGUGAUAAGAGAAGAGCGAGUUCAAAUGAAGCUCACUGACGCAAAGCUUUUCCUAGAAGAGAAGAUUUUAGAAUUGGAGGAAACCAAACAGAUUCAAAAGCCGGACACAAAUAAUGGCCGGACAAUUGCGACUCAUACUAAUAGUAAUAGUGCUGAUAGCUUUUUAGCAGAAGCAAUAAGGUCAUGUGCUAUUGGUGGUGAGAAGUCAAGUAGUUUUAAUGUUGAAAACAACAUUAAUAAUGGGAUUGCUAAUCCUAUGUCAAUUCAGCGAAAAGCCUCACCAGAACCCCAAAAUCCACAUAUCAAGAGAGGGAUCAAAGGGUUUGUUGAAUUCCCAAAAGUGGUUCGAGCCAUCGGAUCUAAAAGUAGGCAUUUGGGUACCAAGUUGGAGUGCCAAAAAGCUCAGCUCAGGAUACUGCUCAAACAAAAGAAUCCCAUCCGAUCCAGUAAUCUUAUUAUGAGUUAAGUCUUUAUUUACUCUGUCUGUGUCUGUCCUCAAUUUCGUCACUUUCUUCUCUAUUUUGUCUGCUUAAGUUUUCUUUCCUUUUUUCUGUCAUAUAUGUUGAGCUUUCUCUGCAAAUUGAUCACUACCGAAAGAUUUUCUUUUGGGAGAUUGGAGUAAAUAUGUUUUUGAGUUUGUAAUUUGUUGAAUAUGCUUGUAAUAAAAUACAAGAUAUCAUGUGAUUUCUUUAAUAUUUUGGUUUCUGAAAUCAGAAAAGUGCUGUUUUG